UCUCAUUAGCCAAGUUGCCUCUUGACUCAAAAUACUUGUUUAACUUCAAGGCACAAUAGUUUAUCCAGCAAUGGAAGCAUUACAGUUCAAUUCCAAAACCAAGACAGUUUCACUAAUUAAAAAAUCUGUACCAUCAGUUAAGGAAGGUUGGGUCCUAGUCAAAGUUGCAUAUUCAGGAGUGUGUGGCACUGAUCUACAUGUUUUUGAGGGUUCAUUUCCAUGCUCUGACAGUCCAGUUGUCAUGGGACAUGAGUUUAGUGGAACUGUUACAGCUGUUGGAUCAAACGUGACUCACUUAAAAGUAGGAGACAGGGUUGCUGUUGACCCAAACAGUGGCUGUGACACAUGUGAUGCCUGUACUGGAGGACAGCCUCACUACUGUGAGAUUGGUGGCAUCUACAGAAACUUAGGAAUGAUGAAUGAUGGUGGGUGGGCUGAGUAUUGCCUUGCACCUGCCAGACAAGUGUAUAAACUACCAGACAACAUUACCUUUGAGCAAGGUGCACUGGUAGAACCAAUUUCAUGUGUGUCCCAUGGUUGGGACAUGCUCAGCCCUGUACCUGUAGGAUCUCACAUUCUUAUCAUAGGUGCUGGCAUUAUAGGCAACUUGUGGGCCUGUAUACUUCAUGUCCAGGGCCAUCGAAAGGUUACUGUUUGUGAGCCUAUGCAAGACAGGCGCAAGAUUGUUGAAAAUCUUGGAUUUGGAUUUCAAGUCAUCACUCCAGACAGUUUAAAAAAACUGAAGGAAAAAGAUGAAAAGUUUGGUUUUGAUGUUGUUAUUGACUGCAGUGGAAAUGGAAAAGCAAUAGAAGAUGCUGUGUGGAUGCUCAAAUGUGGUGGGAAACUGGCCAUCUUUGGUUGUGCUGCACCAGAAACAAGAGUAAGUGUAUCACCAUACCUCUUGUACAAGAAUGAAAUCACAAUUUUUGCAGUGAAGAUCAACCCAUUUAGCUUUCCGAAGGCACUGGGCUUUCUAGAAUCCAUGGGUGCAAGAUAUAUGGACUAUGAAAAGCUGGGAGUAAAAGUUUUUUCAAUGAAACAGCACAAGGAAGCCUUUUCAGAGCUGAAGAAGGGACUAAUUGCUAAAGCUGUCUUUAAAAUUGGGGGCUAGAUUUCUAUCAUCUAUGCAAAAACAGUGAAGCAUACAGUGUAGAACAAUAAAACCACUAUGAAAUUGAAAAUAUGGAUAUAAAAAAUUACAUGGGAAUAAAGAUUUAUUAACCAACCAUUUUAAAAGACCCAUGAAUAAACAUUGUGACAUUGCUAAGGACCAUAUACAAUAGAAAUAUACCUGGCUGUUCAGUCUUGUUGUCACCUUGCGAUUUAAUAUUCAGAUUCUGAUUUUCCAGUCUCAUGGAUGGUAUGGAUACCAAUCAACCUGUGAAAACUUGAAAGAUUUUCCAAUGUAAUUGUGAGACGAUAUCAAUUGUCUCACUGCAACAUCAGAAUAUUCCUGAUAGUGAUUUUUGUUGUGUUCUAUUUCUAGUUGAAAAAUUUAACUGUGUCUGUUGCAACAGAAACUGUCAUUCAAAAGACUUGUUGGUUCUACAUUAAUCUAGUUGCUUUCAGUAUAUAAACUUCAUAUCUUAGUUUAA